AUGAGGCGCCUCGUACGACUGUCGCGCACGGCUCUCCAUCCGCGGCCCUCAACAGACGUCGCCUCGUCCCCGCGCCAGAGCAUGCAAUGCGUACGAAGUUCAAACGGCCUCAACGUCGACGCAGCUGAAAGCUUUUCGCGUUCGUUUUCUUCGAGGCUAUGGCAGAGAAGGAUGUACCACCCGCACGACCGGGACGCGGGUAAGGACAGGAAAGAGGUCACCAAGACCGGACCGCCAUGCGUUCCCAUCGACUUGGCUAGUGAUGCCAACUAUGACGAACUUGCGAUAAGGCGUCUACAUAACUCGCUCGAUAUAGUAAUGGCGGCUGUGCGCGUGAAACAAUGGUGUUAUCGCUUUGAUAUUCCUGCAGACCCAUCUCAUCUUUACCUCUGA